AUGAGCGAUACUUUGGGUGCAUUUUAUUUGGGGUUCGACCUUUCCACGCAACAGCUGAAAUGUUUGGUCAUAGAUCAGAACUUAAAGCUCGUUCACUCGGAAUCGAUCGUUUUUGAGCAAGAUUUGAGUCACUACAAGACCGAAAAGGGGGUAUAUUUCCAUGAGGACGGGACUGCAGAGUGUCCGGUGGCGAUGUGGCUCGAGGCCGUGGAUCUGGUGUUCGAGAGAAUGAGCCAGCACGACCACAUUGAUUUGUCACUGGUGAAAGCCAUGAGUGGGUCAUGCCAGCAGCACGGGUCUGUGUAUUGGACCCAGGAGGGACCGAAACUGCUGCCGCAACUCACGGUGGAUGCAAGUCUCAAGGACCAACUGGCGUCUCGUGCGUUUUCCAGAAACGUGUGUCCCAAUUGGCAGGACCACAGCACCGGAAACGAACUGCAGAAGUUCGAAGAAGCGUGCGGUGGAGCUACCCAGCUGGCACAUAUCACUGGAUCGCGAGCCCAUUAUCGUUUCACGGGACCACAGAUCAUGAAGAUUGCCAAAAAGGAGCCCGAAACGUACAAUAAAACGGACAAAAUCUCGUUGGUAUCGUCCUUUCUGGCCUCGAUCUUGGCAGGUGAGUUUACCACGUUGGAAGAGGCCGAUGCCUGUGGCAUGAACCUGUACGAUAUCGAAAAGCGCGAUUAUGACGAAACUCUCCUAGGUCUGAUUGACAAUGACACUAAAAGUGUGAGAGAAAAGCUCGGAGGUAAGCCCAUACCUUCCGAGAAGCCUGCUCCCGUGGGCAUCAUUUCCUCGUAUUUUGUUGAAAAGUACGGGCUAAAUCCGGACUGUCAGAUAUUCCCUUUCACUGGAGACAAUCUGGCCACCAUAUGCUCUCUGCCACUGAAGCCAAACGACAUUUUGGUCUCGUUGGGUACUAGCACAACUAUUUUGCUGGUAACAGACCAGUAUCACCCUUCUCCUAACUAUCAUUUGUUCUUGCACCCUACCAUCCCCAAACAUUACAUGGGCAUGAUCUGCUAUUGCAAUGGUGCUUUGGCCAGAGAAAGAAUCAGGGACGAGCUAAGCGAAACGCGUGAUUGGGAGCCUUUCAACACUGCUGUCACGUCUCAAUCGCUCAACAACGACAACGAAAUUGCAUGCUAUUUUCCCCUGGGAGAAAUCGUUCCAAAUGUUCCUAGUUUGUACCGCAGAGCGACUUUUGUACAAGCUGCAGACGACAGCGGAGUUGAAUUGAAACUUGUCGAUUCAUUCGAAAGUGUCGCUCACGAUGCCAAAAACAUUGUCGACUCUCAAGCCUUGAGCUGCCGCGUAAGAAUCAGUCCCUUGCUGUCGAACGACUGCGAGGAUACAAGUUGUAAAAUGGGUUCGUCGUUGGUUCACUUCGAUUGUGACAAUUUCCCGCUUUCAGAGUACACAAAACGCCCAAGAAGAGCCUUUUUCGUUGGGGGCGCGUCCAAGAAUGACGCCAUUGUCACCCGUUUUGCCCAAGUUUUGGGUGCUACUGAGGGCAAUUUUCGACUAGAGACUCCCAACUCAUGCGCAUUGGGAGGAUGCUACAGGGCCCUGUGGUCCCAUUUGACGCAUGAGAAGAUGACAUCCUUGAAAUUUGAUGAAUUUCUCAACGAGACCUUCAAUUGGGAUACUGACGUCAGAUCUAUAGGUUUGACUGAUGAAAAGGAUUGGUUGCAUUACAAUAAAAAGAUCCAGGCGCUUAGCGAGCUGGAAAGGACUUUAUGA